AUGUCUGCCACUCUGCUUUUCCUCUUAAUAAUCCGCUUAGCUCUUUCCUUACCGCCCCACAACGCCAAGGCGGCAAAUCCGCAACUGCACGUUGGCAGCCUCAACCAGGAAAGGUGCAACAACUACAGCUACUACAUAAAUCAGCAGUGCGAAAUAAUUCACUCUCUCGAAAAAAUCGAUGAGCAAAAUGCUCUCUUGUGUAAAAACAAAAACAAAUGUGAGUACCUCAUAAAUUAUGUGUUCCAAAGUCUGGGCAUAGAAGCCGUCCCAGAAGAAGACUUCUUAAAUUUAACUCUACCACUUAACGAAAAUGUUGGGGAAAAAGAAAAAUGCAACAAAGAAGUGCAGAUAAAUGAAAAAAUGAAAUGCAUGUGCUGCAUCAAAGAGAUGGAAAGUAGCGAAACGGAAAAAAUAAAUACCGAAUUAACCCCAGGGCAAAGAACCCAAAACGCUGCGUACCCCUUCGGUGAUUGCAAGUGUGUUCUAAAAUAUGAAGUAGACGACGAACACGCCUUAAAUGCCGAUAAAUGUAAAAACUUCAUCUGCAACAGUGGGAUUUGCACACGGCGCAUGGAUGGAGAACCCCUCUGCUCCUGCGAGGAGAACCAUUAUUUCGACAAAAGAGUGAGUGCGUGCGUAAGGCAUCAAGAUGGGGUGAACGGAGGGGCGAGCCAAGCGAGUCAGUCAAGGCAGGCAAAUCAGUCAACUGAGUCAAAUCAGUCAACUGAGUCAACUCGGUCAACUGAGUCAACUCGAUCAACUGAGGCGGUCAUGGACCAACCGCGCCAUGUAACAUAUGAGAGCGACUCGAACGGAAACAAAAUAAAUGACGAUCACAAAAAGGGGGACCAUACACAGAGAGUUAACGACAACCACGAUGACGACAGCGAAACACAUUCUCACCACGCGCAAGGAAGCCAAAAUAACCACGAAAAUAGAAACCUAAGCAAUGCGUUCACCGAUGAGUGUCCAAUAAAUCACGUAAGAAAUAAACAGGGGGAGUGCCAAAGGAGGGAAAGCAACUCAGCAGAGAACAUCUGCCUCAGAAUAGAAUGUUUCGUCAAUUCAGACCCACCAGAAUGUACAUGUGUAGAUAAAAAUGGGGAAAAAAUAGAAAAAGCUAUCUUCGACGUUUCCCACAUAACAAUGUGCACCCUCAAUAACAUAAACUGCGACUACGGGAUAUGCAAUAACUCGACAAAAAAAGGAGAACUCGCAUGUAUUUGCGAUAAGAAGUAUAAAUAUAACAGCUCUUUGAAGGUAUGCAUUGGCUACGCCGUAGCACGUCUUCUCAGUUGGGUGCUCAUCAUCGCGCUGUUCAGCAUAAUCGCAACUGCGCUGUGA